AUGAAGGUGGAAGAACUCAUUAUCGAUGGUUUCAAAUCCUACGCUACUCGUACAGUCAUUUCGGGCUGGGAUCAGCAAUUUAACGCCAUUACAGGUCUCAACGGUUCUGGAAAGUCCAAUAUCUUAGAUGCCAUCUGUUUUGUACUUGGUAUCGCGUCAAUGACGACAGUUAGAGCUUCGAACUUGCAAGAUUUGAUUUAUAAAAGAGGGCAGGCUGGUGUCACCAAGGCGUCAGUGACCAUCGUCUUCGACAACAGCGAGAUAGCGAAGUCCCCUAUAGGGUUUGAAAACUUCCCUAAGAUCAGUGUAACCAGACAGAUUAUACUUGGUGGGUCGUCCAAAUAUCUUAUUAAUGGGCAUAAGGCUCAACAGCAGACUGUUUUAAACUUGUUUCAGUCCGUCCAGUUGAACAUUAACAACCCCAACUUCCUUAUUAUGCAGGGGAAGAUCACUAAGGUGUUGAACAUGAAACCUUCGGAGAUAUUGUCGUUGAUUGAAGAAGCGGCUGGAACCAGGACCUUCGAAGACAGAAAGGAAAAGGCCCAGAGAACUAUGAAUAAGAAGGAAUCGAAGUUAGUAGAAAUACGAAAUUUAUUACAGGAAGAAAUAGAACCAAAGUUGGAAAAGUUAAGAAAUGAUAAGAGAACUUACUUGGAGUACCAACAAACGCAAACUGACUUGGAGAAGUUGACUAGAGUCAUCCUGGCUCACGAUUAUGUAAACUAUUCUCGAAAAUUCGACGAACACUCGAAUACCCUAAAUGAAAGAGAGUCUAUCAUGAGUAACUUGAACCAAACUUCAGAAAAACUAACGAACGAGAUUACUAACUUGAUGGCAGACUUGGAUCAGGUUAAGUCUCAACAGGAACAACAGUUGACUAAAAACGGUAAAUUGAAAGACUUGGAGGCCGAAGAAAAUAGACUAACUGAAGAAAUCGUACGGUUGACGACUUCGAGAGAUAUCGCUAAUGAUAACUUGAAGAGUGAAACUAAAAAAUUGUCGAAAACUGUGAAACAGAUCGAGAAUCUAAACUCGAUGCUUAUGAACAACGUCGAUGUUUACAAUUCUUAUGAAAAGCAGUAUACACAAGGGAAAACAGAAUUGACAGAAUUGAAACAAAUUCAUUCCUCGAAGGAGGAACUUUUAUCUACUCUCUCUACAGGUGUUUCAUCAAAGGGAAAUACGUCCGAUGGAGGAUAUAUUGCACAGUUGAAAGUAGCCAAGACCAAAUUAACUCAAUCUCAAGUGACAAUAGAGCAAUCAAAAUUGAAAAUAAACCAUUUAAAUCAACAAUUGAGAGAUGACAAACCGAAAUUGGAACAAGCUCAAAGAGAGAAUGCAGGUGUCCUCAAAGAAAUUGAAAAGUAUAGAAUUGAAAUUUCUAAAAAGGAACAGAAUUUAAUUGAUUUAGGCUUUGAUUCCAAACGGUUGUCUUCUUUGAGGGAAAGAGAAUCUUCCUUGAAAAGCGACAUUAAUAAGCUAACUAACCAACUAAACCACUUCCAAAGGGAAUUGGGAAAUAAUCUUGACUUCAACUACACGAAACCAUCUUCCAACUUCCAAGCGUCAUCAGUUAAGGGUGUUGCAGCCCAGCUUUUCCAGUUACAGGAAGAGCACAGUAAUAAGUCUAUGGCUCUUCAAGUUUGUGCUGGUGGAAGGCUCUAUAAUGUUGUUGUUGAUACCGCAGACACUGCUUCUCAAUUGCUCGAAAGGGGUCAAUUAAGGAAAAGAGUCACAAUUAUUCCCUUAGAUAAAAUUUCUACCAGAGUAAUGAAUGAACGAGUAGUCUCAAUUGCUCAAUCUUUAAGACCAGGUAAAGUGGACUUAGCUUUAAACUUGAUUGGCUAUGAGCAAGAAUUAAGUAAGGCAAUGGAGUAUAUCUUUGGUAACACAUUAAUUUGCCAAGAUCCAGAAACUGCAAAGACAGUCACUUUUGACCCUCAAGUGAGAGCAAGAUCGAUUACCUUGGAAGGUGAUAUUUAUGACCCCGAGGGUAAUUUAUCUGGAGGUUCUAGAAAAGUCUCAUCUUCUAUUUUGUUGACUAUUCAAAAAUAUAACAAGGUUCAAGGUUCAAUUGCUUCUAUUCAAAAUGAAAUAGCAAAUAUCCAAGAAGAUAUCAGAUCCGUGGAAAAGUUGAACAAUGCGACAAAGUCGAUACAGAAUGAAAUUAACCUUUCAAAUCAUGAGAUGAAUCUUUUACAAAGAAAGAUUGAGAAUUCAUCGUCUUCAGAAAUAUUGCUGAGAAAUCAAAAUGCACUGGAAGAAAUAAUGGCAUUACAUGCAACUAUAAAGCAAGAAGAGGAACAUGGUACGCAGUAUCAAGAUGAAGUUGACUCGAUUGAAAAGGAUAUGAAAGAAUUCACCUCCGAUAAAGGUUCCAAGUUAAAGAAAUUGGAAUUGGAACUAAAAUCAUUGUACCAACAAUUACAAGAAAAGGAACAGGAUAUUAAUGAAAAAUUCGAUAAGUAUCAAUCUGCACAAAUGGAAUCGGAGCAACAAGAGAGUGACUUAUCAAGUUUGAAAGAAGAUAGUAAACAAUGUGAAAGCACAAUUGAAGAGCUACAAGGUAAUGUCCAGAAACUUUCUACUAGCAUUGAAACGUUAGAGGAUUCUUUACAAGAUGUGAAGGCUAAACUUGAUGAUGAAAAGACAUAUCUUUUAGGCCUCAGUGAAGAAAUCAAUGAAUUGACUUCGGUUAUUCAAAGCAAAAAUCAAUCCUUAAGCGAUUGCAAAUUGUCCAUUCAAAAGUUAAAUCACGAGAUAGAGAAGUCAUCAUCUAUUCUGAAAAAUUUGAAGAGCCAUUUGGACCAAUUGAUUCAAGACCACGAAUGGGUGCUUGAUGCCAACGUCAUCGAUAGCAUUAUCAAGCAGUAUCCUAAUAUUAACUUGGAAGAAUGCCACGAACAAGUUAACAUCUUAGAAGAAAGAUUCCAAGGAAUGAGAAGGAAAGUCAAUACCAAUAUUAUGAAUAUGAUUGAUAAUGUUGAGAAGAAGGAAGCAUCGCUAAAACAAAUGAUUAGGACCAUUGAAAAAGAUAAAUCUAAGAUUGAAAACACUGUCGAAAAAUUGAAUGGGUACAAGAGAAGUACACUUGACGUGACUUACAAAAAGGUUUCUACUGAUUUCGGUAAUAUUUUUGCAGAUCUUUUGCCAGGAUCCUUUGCAAAAUUGGUCCCAGUUGAUACAGAAGAUGUUACCAAGGGUUUAGAAGUGAAGGUUAAGCUCGGCCCAGUUUGGAAAGAAAGUUUAGUAGAGCUUUCUGGAGGCCAGCGUUCGUUAAUUGCAUUAUCAUUGAUUAUGGCUCUUUUGCAAUUCAAACCUGCGCCAAUGUAUAUUUUGGAUGAAGUCGAUGCUGCUCUUGAUUUAUCGCAUACUCAGAAUAUAGGUCACCUAAUCAAAACAAGAUUUAAAGGCUCUCAGUUUAUUGUUGUUUCGUUGAAGGAAGGUAUGUUCACUAAUGCCAAUAGGGUUUUCCGUACUAGAUUUCAAGAUGGUACUUCUGUUGUGUCGGUAAUGUAA